ACCCGGCGACUUCCUCUUCCUCUCAGGGCAGGUGUAUCAGUCACAGGGGCACUGACACCCGGAGCCCAGCAUGGAGGGGGGCGAGCGCCCCAGACUCAGAGACUUCCUGAGUGGGAGCCUGGCCACCUGGGCGCUGGGGCUGGCAGGGCUGGUGGGGGAGGCGGAGGAGCCCCAGGGUGAAGAGGAGGAGGAGCAGAAGGAAGACGGGCUACUUAGCCCUGAGAAGAGGUUUUUGCGACUCAGCGAUGGGGCCCUGCUCCUCCGGGUGUUGGGCAUCAUUUCCAGAGGGGGACCUCAGAUGGUUGGGGGCCAUGAGAGUCCCGCAGCCAGGCGGGUCCGGAAACUGAGCCACCUGUGGGGUCGACUGAGGGAUUUCUACCAGGAGGAGCUUCAGCUGCUGAUCCUGUCACCACCCCCAGACCUCCAGAUGUUGGGGUUUGACCCUCUCUCAGAGGAGGCGGUGGAGGAGCUGGAAGGCGUCCUGCGGCUGAUGCUAGGGGCGUCGGUGCAGUGCGAGCACCGGGAACUCUUCAUCCGACACAUCCAGGGCCUCAGCCUCGACGUCCAGAGCGAGCUGGCUGCCACCAUCCAGGAGGUGACCCAGCCUGGGGCGGGUGUGGUGCUGGCGCUGGCUGGGCCCGAGCCUGGGGAGUUGACACCUCCCGAGCUGGAGAUGCUGUCCUGGAGCCUGAUGGGGACACUGUCGAGGCUGGCACGGGAGCGGGACUUGGGGGCCCAGAGGCUAGCCGAACUGCUGCUGGAGAGGGAGCCGGCCCAUCUCCCGCCUGAGGCUCCCAUCAAGGCUCCCCUGGAGGGCCCAUCGCACCACCUAGCCCUGCAGCUGGCCAACACUAAGGCCCAACUGCGGCGCCUGCGGCAGGAGCUGGAGGAGAAGGCCGAGUUGCUGCUGGACUCCCAGGCGGAGGUGCAAGGCUUGGAGGCCGAAAUUCGACGGCUCCGCCAGGAGGCCCAGGCGCUGUCGGGGCAGGCUAAGCGGGCGGAGCUAUACCGCGAGGAGGCCGAGGCGCUGCGGGAGCGGGCCAGGCGCCUGCCCCGGUUGCAGGAGGAGCUGCGGCGCUGCAGGGAGCGGCUGCAAGCCGCCGAAGCUUGCAAAGGCCAGCUGGCGGAGGAGCGGGCGCUCUUGGGGACUCUGGAGGCCUCGAAGGCGCUGCUGGAGGAGCAGCUGGAGGCCGCCCGCGAGCGCUGUGCCCGACUGCACGAGAGCCAGCGUGAGAACCUGCUACUGCGGACCCGGCUGGGCGAGGCCCGUGCGGAACUGGACUCUCUUAGGCAUCAGGUGGACCAGCUGUCGGAGGAGAACGUGGAGCUGGAGCUGGAGCUUCAGCGCAGCCUGGAGGCACCCCCGAGCUCUCCUGGGGAGGCAUCCCUGGCAGCAGCCCCCUCGCUGCAUGACGAGGUGAGGGAAGUUGAAGCUGGGCGGCUGCGGACCCUUGAGAGGGAGAAUCAAGAGCUUCGCAACCUGCUGCAGGUGCUGCAGGGGCACCCAGGGCGACAGCCCCCUCUGCUGGAGGAGCAGGAGCAGAGCGAGGACUCCAUAGUUCCAGAGCUGGCCGCGGUUCCCCUGGCAGUUCUCACUGAAGACCAGAGCCCCCAGGGCCGGGUCCCCCAGGUGGGGGAUGAAGGCCCCCAGGCUUUGGGCCUGACUUCCAGGACAUCAGACUCAGCGCUCCAGGGGUCAGACGAGUGUCCCCAGGCAUCUGAGUCAGGCGCACAGGUAGUGGAAAGGCCCCUCCAGGAAGCAGUCAUGGCGCCUCAGACCUCAGACUUGACCUCCCAGGAGUCAGGCCCUGCUGUGGAGACACAGGAGUCCCUUGAGAGGGCUGGCCAUGGAGCCCCUCUCCAGACCCAUGCCUCUGAUGUGGCCCCAUCUCAGAGUGCAGAGAUCAAAAUUCUGGCCCAGUUGUUGCUGGAAGGUGAGACUGGGGACAGAGAGGCUUCCCAAGGACAGUUGGUGUCUGAGGCUGGGGGGCUGAGACAGGAGGACCCUGGGCUCAACCCAGGACUCUUGGACCUCAGCCUCAGUGCACAGCUGGGGGAGCAGGGGACCCCAGAGCAGGGGCUGGACCUGUCCAAUGUGCAAACAGAGGCCAGAGACCGUGAACAGAGGCUGGAGGGGACAGUUGGGGAACCAGCCCAGCAAAAACCACAACAAAGGUCCGAAGGGGCUCCUGAGACGCAGGCCUGGGAGAGGCCAAUCUCAGGGGAGAUCCUGGCCAGUGGUGUCCCAGAGCAGGGGACUCUGAGGGAGGAGGUGGCCCAGCUGAGGAGAGAGGCCGAGGCUCUCAGAGCUGAGCUGGAGGCCCAGGCCCGAAGGCUGGAGGCCAGAGGCAUGGAGGCCACCUGUCUCUCUGAGGAGCUGGCUCAGGCACGCAGGGCAGAGGCCGAGGCCCACCGGGAGGUGGAGGCCCAGGCCCAGGAGCAGGCCCGGCUUCGUGAGGCAGUGGAGGCAGUCGGCCGGGAGCUGGAGGCUGCGGCGCGGGAGCGGGAGGCGCUGGCUGAGGCGCUGGCGGCAGCAGGCCGAGAGCGGAGGCAGUGGGAGCGAGAGGGGCCCCGGCUGCGGGCCAGGGCUGAGGCGGCUGAGGAACGGCUGCAGGUGCUGGAGAGCGAGGGCCACCAACACCUGGAGGAGGCAGAGAGGGAACGGCGGGAAAAACAGACGCUCAAGGAGGAGCUAGACAAGGCGGUGAUACGGGGCCAGGAGCUGGGGGCCCGGCUGGAGUGUCUGCAGCGGGAGCUGGAACAGGCGGCUCUGGAGCGGCAGGAGUGGCUGCAGGAACAGGAGUGCCAGCACCAGAGGUACCAGGGUCUGGAGCAGCGGCUGGAAGCAGAGCUGCAGGCGGCGGCCACCAGCAAGGAGGAGGCACUGUUGGAGCUCAAGGCCAGGGCCCAGCACUUGGAAGAGGAGCUGUUCCGGCUUCGCCAGGGCCCUGAGGGGCUAGGGCCCGCAGAGCAGGCUGGGCCUCGGACCCUGGAGACCCAGAGUGGGCGACUCAUCGAGGUGGAGCGCAGUAAUGCGGCGCUGGCGGCUGAGAAGGCAGGUCUGCAGGGGCAGCUGCAGCACCUGGAGGAGCAGCUGGGGAGCAUGCAGGGGCGGGCCCAGGAGCUGCUACUGCAGAGCCAGCGAGCACAGGAGCACAGCAGCCGCCUGCAGGCCGAGAAGGCCAUGCUGGAGCGAGAGGGCCAGGAGCUGCACAGGAGGCUGGGGGUGCUGGAGGAGGAGGUGCAGGCAGCUCGGCGGUCCCAGGAGGAGACCCGCGGGCAGCAGCAAGCCCUGCUGCGGGACCACGAGGCCCUGGCCCAGCUGCAGCGGCGGCAGGAGGCUGAGCUGGAGGGGCUGCUGGUCCGGCACCGCGACCUGAAGGCCAACAUGCGGGCACUGGAGCUGGCCCACCGGGAGCUGCAGGGCCGGCACGAGCAGCUGCAGGCCCAGCGAGCCAACUUGGAGGCACAAGAGGUGGCCCUGCUGGCGGAGCGUGAGCGUCUGAUACAAGAUGGGCGUCGGCAGCAGGGGCUGGAGGAGGAGCUGCGGCGGCUGCAGAGCGAGCACGACAGGGCUCAGCUGCUGCUGGCGGAGGUGUCCCGGGAGCGAGGGGAGCUGCAGGGCGAACGUGGGGAGCUGCGGGGCCGCCUGGCACGGCUGGAGCUGGAGCGGGCGCAGCUGGAGGCACAGAGCCAGCGACUGCGCGAGUCCAACCAGCAGCUGGACCUGAACGCCUGCCGGCUGACCACGCAGUGCGAGCUGCUGACACAGCUGCGGAGUGCCCAGGAGGAGGAGAAUCGACAGCUGCUGGCAGAGGUGCAGGCCCUGAGCCGGGAGAACCGGGGGCUCUUAGAGCGCAGCCUGGAGAGCCGGGAUCACCUGCACCGUGAGCAGCGCGAGUACCUGGACCAGCUGAACGCCCUGCGCCGAGAGAAGCAGAAGCUGGUGGAGAAGAUCAUGGACCAGUACCGCGUGCUGGAGCCUGGGCCCCUGCCCCGGACCAAGAAGGGCAGCUGGCUGGCAGACAAGGUGAAGAGGCUGAUGCGGCCCCGGCGGGAGGGGGGCCUCCAUGGGGGUCCGCGCCUGGGGGCCGAUGGGGCUGGAAGCACCGAGAGCCUGGGGGGCCCCCCGGAGACGGAGCUCCCCGAGGGCAGGGAGGCAGAUGGGACAGGGCUCCCCUCACCGGCACCCAUGCGCCGAGCCCAGAGCUCCCUGUGCCUACGGGAUGAGACCCUGGAAGGUGGGCAGCGGCGGAAACUCAGCUCACGGUUCCCCGUGGGGCGAAGCUCUGAGUCAUUCAGCCCUGGAGACACGCCCCGGCAGCGAUUCCGCCGGCGCCGCUCAGGCCCCCUGGGGGCGCCCAGCUCCCAUAGCAAAGGAUCUGGUGUGGGAUGGAACAGCUCCGUCGAGUCCCUGGCGGAACAAGAAGCAGAUGUCAGCCGAGAGGGCCUCGAGGUGCAGGAACAGGAGAAACGCCUCCUCGCCCCUUCCCUCAGCCAGUGACACCGCGUGGAUGGGGACCACGGGAGCGGUGCCCUCUCGCCGCUGGAGCUCAGCGGGCUCCCGCCAGCCCAGGAGCUCGGGGAGUCAGGGCACCCGAAGGGAGUCCUUGGACCAGGAGGCCCUGAGAU